AUGAGUGCCCCUUGUGGUGACAUAAUUAACAAAACAAAUAAUAAAAUAAUAAAUAAUGAUGAUAGUUAUGACGAAAAUGAGUAUUCUAACCCACUAUUGAAGUAUACAAACCUAUUGACUGUGAUUCCUUUAAAUUAUUAA